GUUUCACGCCUUUCCCUGCCCUCUGCAUGUUUGCCUCUCCGCUCUGCUUCCACCACAGUGAGUGAAAGAGUCAGUGGGGCUUUGGAGAACUGCAUGUCCCAGAGAUCUCGGCAUCGCUGAACCUGAAUCAGGGCUUGGGUAACAUGGCAGCGCCGUCCAGCAACACAUGCGGGCGAAUGGAGCGGUCUAUCCGGGAGCGGGUCCCGCCGCUGCUCACGGACCUGUACCAGUUCACCAUGGCGUACGCGUACUGGCGGGCCGGCCGGCACCAGGAGCCCGCCGUGUUCGAGCUCUUCUUCAGGGACAAUCCGUUCGCGGGCGGCUUCUCGCUGUUCGCCGGGCUGCACGACUGUCUGCUGUUCCUGCGCAGCUUUCGCUUCACGGACCAAGAUGUGGAGUUCCUGCGCUCCGUCCUGCCCGCAGCCACCGACCCCGCCUUCUUCCAGUUCCUGAGAGGCCUGGACUGCUCCGGCAUCACGCUCCGCUCCGUCCCAGAGGGCACUGUGGUGUUUGCCAGGAUACCUCUGAUGGAGGUGUCAGGUCCACUGGCUGUGGUUCAACUGCUGGAGACCAGUUUGUUGUGUCUGGUCAACUACGCCAGUCUGGUGUGCAGUAACGCUGCCCGUUUCCGCCUGGCUGCCGGCCCCAGGAGGAAGCUGCUGGAGAUGGGCCUCAGGAGGGCUCAGGGACCAGAUGGAGGUCUCACCGCCUCACGAUACACACACAUUGGAGGUUUUGAUCUCACCAGUAAUGUUCAGGCUGGUUUCCUGUUUGGGAUCCCGGUCGCAGGGACCAUGGCGCACUCAUUCGUCACUUCCUUUACCUCCCUGGAGGAGGUCACGCCAAAAACUCUUGUGGCUCUGAACGGGGACCCCGAUCCAGUUGACAUCAUUUCGCUGACGAAGGGCUUGUUGAGUCGUGUGUGUGAGCUUCUAUCAGCGGAGCCUGGGAAGAUCCGCGAGGGCGAGUUGGCGGCCUUUUUGUCCUACGCCAUCGCCUACCCUCAGAACUUCCUCCCUGUGAUUGACAGCUACAGCGUUGGCUGUGGCCUGUUGAACUUCUGUGCCGUGGCGUUGGUGCUGUGUGAGCUGGGCUACAGGCCUGUAGGAGUUCGUCUGGACAGCGGGGACCUCUGCAGGCAGUCGGUCGAAGUCCGUCGUGUCUUCAGACUCUGCAGCGAGCAUUUCUCCGUCUCUGCCUUCGACUCGCUGAUUAUCGUUGGGACCAAUAACAUCACAGAGCAGAGCAUGGCAGAGCUUAACAAGAAGGAGAAUGAGAUCGAUGUGGUUGGUGUUGGAACACAUCUGGUCACCUGCACACAACAACCCUCACUGGGCUGUGUGUACAAGCUGGUGGAGGUGAGAGGGAGGCCCAGGAUGAAGAUCAGCGAGGACCCAGAGAAGAGCACUGUCCCUGGGAGGAAAGCUGUCUACAGGCUAAACGAUGCUGAGGGUCAUCCUUUUCUAGACCUGGUGUGUCUGGCUGUGGAGUCUCCUCCAGAGGCAGGAGUCCCUGUGAGCUGUUACUCUCUGAGCUGUGAUAAAUCCUGCGUCUCAGUCACUCCGGCUCAGGUCACCUGUCUGCGCCAGGAAGUGUUCAUCAAAGGAGAGGUCACACACCCUCUGUGCAGCGCUGCAGAAACUAGAGCAAAGGUCCAGAGCUCCCUGCAGACUCUGCACCCUCGACACAAGAGGCUGCAGGAGCCAGACUCUUACACAGUGGCAGUGUCAGAGAAACUCCAUAACCUGAUCACAGAGAUUCGAAAAGGAAGCUUCAGCAACAGCAACUUUCUUUUGGCCAACUAAAGAUAAUACUACAUAGCUGCUCUGUUGUCACUCCUGUUUUGUUUUGUUUUUGUGUUUUGACAUUUUACCAAAGUGCCUCUCAGUAAAAGAAGUGCCUAUGUUUGCAGAGCAUGGUUCCUAUAAAGUCUAACAGUGUUAACACCAUACUCUACAAAUGCACAAAUCCACAAAUGUGUCAAAGCUAAAAUGUAUGAAACAGUGUUAAAAUGAACAGAAUUUGACUUUGUACUUUGAGAAGCAAAUUCCCCAGUAAAAUGUGGUUUGAUGGAUUCAACAAGAAACCGUCCAGUAAUAUCAAUUGAUGGUUAAUGUAACUAUGGAGCAAUCAGUCACACGUUUUAUGUAAACAGAUAAGUGCGGACAUUAAAAAAGCUAUUA